AUGACACCUAUGGGGCUGUUGAUUGUUUUUUCUUUGAUUAUGUCCUGGUUCCGGAACCGGAGACGGUCCGGUUUUAUUCCAAGGUGUGACACGGUGCUGAAUUGUGUUUAUAUUUGGGUGCCGUGCGCAGAAGAUGAAAAGCAGUUUUAUGCAGUGACUAAUCUGAUGGAAGGUGAGGAAUUAAUCCUAAACGAAAGUCGUGGCGGGAUCCGCCAACUUAUUCUACUUGAAGAACGUGCAGUUAUUCUUGACUCUGUAGAAGACCAUUCUUUGAUCCUGGCUUCCCCAGCAUUUAGUGUUUCCAUUUUUUGCAUAUCGAUCCUGAAGGAAUUAUCGUGA